AAUCUUCGGUUUCUCCCAACUACGUGGAAACUUGGAAUAGGUCUGCGGCUGCACACAGCUGGGCGCCAGGGUCCCCGCGCCCCCGCCCCUUCUCAUCACUGCCCCGGCGCUGAUCCGCCCGGGAGCAGGGGGCCCCGGCGCGGCCACUGCACCGCGCCGCCCCUGCCCGGUACCGCGGCUUUCGGGCUUCCGCACCGCCCGCUGCGUCCUGUCCCUAGGGAAGCGGCUCCCGAGGCGGUGGCGGCGGCGGGCCCAACGCGAGCCCUCGGGCCCGUGCCAUGUGGGACCCGCGGGCAACUAGGAUGGACCCCACAGUUUACGCUGAGCUGUUGAAAGAAUCUGGCAACCAGGUUUUUAAGAAUGGGAACUUCUCUUUGGCCAUCAGAAAGUACGAUGAAGCCAUCCAGAUUCUCCUGCAGUUAUACCAGUGGGGGGUUCCCCCCAGGGACUUGGCUGUGCUGCUGUGCAACAAAUCCAAUGCAUUUUACAACCUUGGGAAAUGGAACGAGGCAUUUGUGGCUGCCAAGGAAUGUCUCCAGUGGGAUCCAACCUACGUGAAGGGAUACUACCGAGCGGGUUAUUCCUUGCUGCGGUUGCUCCAGCAUUAUGAAGCUGCUCGCAUGUUUUUUGAGGGUCUUCGACUGUUACAGCGCAGCCAGGAUCAGACCCAGGUUGCUGAUUUCCUUGUGGGAGUUUUCACCACUAUGGGCAAUGACCCCAUUGUUUUGCAAAGUUUCUUGCCCUGCUUUGAUCAUAUUUUCACCACUGCAUUCUCAACAGAAGUGUGGCAAUCUGUAAUAGAAAAGCUGGCAAAGAAGGGAUUGUGGCACUCAUUUCUACUUCUGUCAGCGAGAAAAGACCGACUGCCAAGAAAUAUCCAUGUCCCAGAGUUAUCACUGAAAAGUCUCUUUGAGAAAUAUGUCUUCAUUGGACUUUAUGAGAAGAUGGAACAGGUGCCCAAGUUAGUCCAGUGGCUCAUCUCCAUUGGUGCAAGUAUUGAGACUAUAGGACCUUAUCCUCUCCAUGCCCUCAUGCGACUCUGUAUCCAAGCAAGAGAAAACCAUCUUUUCAGGUGGUUAAUGGACCACAAGCCCGAGUGGAAAGGCCGCAUCAACCAGAAGGACGAGAAUGGCUGCACCGUCCUACACGUGGUUGCUGCCCACUCCCCAGGAUACCUCAUCAAGCGACAAACAGAGGAUGUGCAGAUGCUCCUGCGCUUCGGGGCAGACCCCACCCUGCUGGACCGCCAGUCCCGGUCCCCCGUGGAUGUCCUGAAGAGGAAUAAGAACUUCAAAGCCAUUGAGAAAAUCAAUAGUCACUUGGAAAAACUGGCUGUGUGUUCUAAGGACCUAUCAGGACUGAGCAAUGGCGAUGGACCCAUUAGUGAGAGUGACAGUUUCCGGAAGGCCUCCGCACAGCUGGUGAAGUACAUGAACUCAGGAAACCGGUUAUUGCAUAAAAACUUUCUGAAGCAAGAUGUAGUUCAGAGGUUCUUGCGCCUCCUUUCUUCUCUGCAAGAAAUUCCUGCUGACCUGGUCUGUGACAUUAAUCGUGACUGUGCCAACACCUUCAUCAAGUUUUUACUGGAAAAACAGAAAUGGCCUGAAGUGCUUCUGCUGCUGACCCGCAAAGUAAGCGGGGAGCCACCGCUCGGAGAUUCCCUCAUCAAAGACUGCAACUUCGCCGACCUUGACCUCUGCACCAUCAUCCCUCUGCUCAGCACCUGGGACCAUCGCAGGACACAGCUCCUGAGCUGCCUGAUAGACGGUGGAGCCUUGCCAGAGGGUCUUCAGAACAGCCAGGAGAGGCCGCUCGUCAUGUGCCUGAAACACGAAGACUUCGAGUUGGCUUUCCUUCUGUUGACCAAGGGUGCAGACCCCCACGGCAUUUCCCUCAUGGAAGGCGAUACUCCUUUGCAUGCAGCACUCCACAUCUUUUUAGAUAUCAAUGCUGACAUCGGUUUUAACUUCCUCACCUACCUGUUGGACCUAUUCUGGUCCAACUCCACCGAAUUUCACUACCUCAACCCCAACAUCCAGGACAGCAAUGGGAACACGCUGAUGCACAUCCUCUUCCAGAAGGGCAUGCUGAAGCGAAUGAAGAAGCUGUUAGACGUGCUGGUGAAGUUUGACAUCAACUUCAACCUGAAGAACAAAGAAGGCAAGGACGCACGGCACCGGAUUAAGAAGAAUGACCCUCUGCUCCUAGCCUGGAACAAAGCUCUCAUGGAGAGCCGGCGGAAGAGCCGGCAGGAUGCGGCUGCCCACCCGGGGAAAUUGCCGAAGUCUGCGGCCCCUGGUCACAUAUCUCAGCUCAAGUCCCAGGUUUCAUCCAAGUUGCUGCCAGGCAGUGUCACUGCCAGAUCCCGGCCUGAAGGAGCCAUGGUCCCUGACAGCUGGGAGACUCUCCCGGAUGCCCAGAUGGUAAGGCAGGAGCCUGAAGCUGUCAGGCCCUGCUCUCUGAGAGACCGCCUAGUGCAGGACAUCACGGUUUUGAUUGAGCGGGUUGAAUUGGAUACGUCUCUCCCAAGGGACUAUCCUCAGGACUCCAAACCUCUGGAGACUGGAGAUGGCACCCAAGUAAAGAAAGAUGAGCUCCAGCGAGCCCUAGGGGCGGGGGGCUCUGACCAUAGUGGGAACAAACUUGCCGUCCUGGAGGCAGGGGACGGACAUGCUCAGGCAGGCCUUGGGGCCUCGCAGCUCAUUCCUGUUGGUCACAGAGGCAGGGAGGUCUGUGGUGACCAGGAUGACCCGAGCGUGCAGGAAGUUGAGUUCUGCCUCCAGGACUUUGAGAAUAUGACGUGGGAGAUCGAGUGCACUUCGGACAUGCUGAAGAAGCUGUCCAGUAAGGUGAUGCCCAAGGUCAUGAAGAAGAAAAUCAUCCUGGCUAUCCAGCAGCUGGGGAAUGGUGAGUGGACCCAGGGCCUGCAGAAGCGGCUGAAGCAUCUAAAAGGAAACAUCCAGCUCUAUGAGGCCAAGCUGGACAAAGGAGCCCGGAUGCUGUGGGAGCUUGCCAUCGACUUCUCCCCUCGAUGCAGCGAGAACCCAGAGAAGAUCAUUGCCACGGAGCGGAGUUCACACUCCAUGGAGAAGUCAGGGCGGGUCUACACGGAAAUCAUCCGGAUCUGGGACAUCGUCUUAGAUCACUGCAAACUGUCGGACUCCAUCAGGGCCAUCUGCAAUGCCUACAACCGGGGCUUGUCCUGUGUCCUGCGAAAGAAGCUGAAGGGUAUCAACAAAAGCCAGGUGUCAAACAACAUGAAAAUCCAAAAGCGGAUACCCCGCUGCUAUGUGGAGGACACGGACGCUGACAAGAGCCGGGAGCCCGUGGAGCCAGUGGAGCCCGAGUACUUCCCCCCGGCCAGCGCAGUGCAGACGGAGUACAACAUCAUGAAGUUCCACAGCUUCAGCACCAACAUGGCCUUCAACAUCCUCAAUGACACAACAGCGACGGUGGAGUACCCCUUCCGGGUCGGGGAGCUCGAGUACUCGGUGAUUGACCUCAACCCCAGGCCGCUGGAGCCCAUCCUCCUCAUCGGGCGGAGCGGCACUGGGAAGACGACCUGCUGCUUGUAUAGGCUGUGGAAGAAAUUCCAUGUUUACUGGGAAAAAGCCGAGCGAGCAGAAAGCCCGCUGCUGGUGAAGCAGAUCUGGCCAAAGAGAAAGUUGGAAGUGGAACCCAGAAAGGAGGGUCCAAGUGGAGAGGAAGAGGAGGACGAGGACGAGGAUGAGGAUGAGGACGAGGAAGGUUCUAUGGAAAUGGAGACGGUGGACAGUGGAGAUGAGGAGCAGGAGCAGGAAAGUGAAGCCUGCACAGGGAGAGCCAGUGGGGAGCCUGGGGCGCCUGGCCACGGGGCGGAAGUAUGUGCCCCCCACCAUCCUCACCAGCUGGAGCAUUUACAUCAGAUCUUCGUGACCAAGAACCACGUCCUGUGCCAGGAGGUCCAGAGGAAUUUCAUUGAGCUUUCCAAGUCUACCAAAGCCACCAGCCACUACAAACCAUUGGAACCCAAUGUUCACAAACUCCAGGACCUGAAGGAUGAGAACUUCCCUCUGUUUGUCACUUCCAAGCAGCUGCUCCUCCUGCUUGAUGCUUCUCUGCCCAACCCGUUUUUUCUGAGAAAUGAAGAUGGCAGCUUGAAAAGAACCAUUGUGGGAUGGUCCACGCAGGAAGAACUGACCAUCCCCAACUGGCAGGAGGAUGAGGAAGAGGCUGAGAUGGAUGGGGACACUGGCGAGGAGGAGAAAGUUGUGGAAAUGCGUUCAUGUGACAUCGACCCCCGAGUGUACGUAACAUUUGAGGUGUUCACCAAUGAAAUAUGGCCCAAAAUGAACAAAGGGAAAACCUCCUACAACCCGGCACUGGUUUGGAAGGAAAUAAAAUCUUUUCUGAAGGGCUCCUUUGAGGCCCUCAGCUGCCCACAGGGGAGACUCACGGAAGAAGCAUAUAAGAAAUUAGGGAGGAAGCGGUCCCCCAAUUUCAAGGAAGACCGGAGCGAGAUCUACAGCCUUUUCCGCCUGUAUCAGCAGAUCAGGUCUCAGAACGGUUAUUUUGAUGAAGAGGAUGUUCUGUACAACUUGUCCCGGAGGCUGUCGAAGCUCAAGGUGCUCCCGUGGUCCAUCCAUGAGCUCUAUGGCGAUGAGAUUCAGGACUUCACUCAGGCCGAGCUCGCGCUGCUGAUGAAAUGCAUCAACGACCCCAAUGCCAUGUUCCUGACGGGGGACACGGCCCAGAGCAUCAUGAAGGGCGUGGCCUUCCGCUUCAGCGACCUGCGCUCUCUGUUCCACUACGCCAGCAGAAACACUGUAGACAAGCAGUAUGCCGUCCGCAAGCCUAAAAAGAUCUACCAGCUGUACCAGAACUACAGGUCCCAUUCUGGAAUCCUCAAUCUGGCAUCAGGAGUGGUGGAUUUACUUCAAUUCUAUUUCCCAGAAUCUUUUGAUCGCCUUCCAAGGGAUUCUGGCCUCUUUGAUGGUCCGAAACCAACUGUCCUGGAGUCUUGUAGCGUAAGCGACUUGGCAAUUUUGCUACGAGGGAACAAAAGAAAAACCCAGCCCAUUGAAUUUGGAGCCCACCAGGUAAUCCUUGUAGCCAAUGAAAUGGCAAAGGAGAAAAUUCCAGAAGAGCUGGGGUUAGCGCUCGUGCUAACAGUUUAUGAAGCAAAAGGCUUAGAAUUUGAUGAUGUCCUCCUCUACAACUUUUUUACUGAUUCUGAGGCUCACAAGGAAUGGAAGAUCAUUUCCUCUUUUAUACCUUCAUCAUCUGACUCCAGAGGGGAAAACCAGCCACUGACUGAAGUGCCCCUGGAGAAACCCAGCUCCUCUCAGGGUCGGUCUGUCAUGAUGAAUCCAGAAAUGUACAAGCUCCUCAAUGGCGAGCUGAAGCAGCUGUACACCGCCAUCACACGGGCUCGGGUCAACCUCUGGAUCUUCGAUGAGAACCUAGAGAAGCGGGCUCCUGCUUUCAAAUAUUUCAAUAGAAGAAAUUUUGUCCAAGUUGUGAAGACAGAUGAAAAUAAAGACUUGGAUGACAGCAUGUUUGUUAAGACCUCCACCCCUGAGGAGUGGAUCGCACAAGGGGAAUACUAUGCAAAACAUCAGUGCUGGAAGGUUGCAGCCAAGUGUUACCAAAAAGGGGGUGCGUUUGAGAAGGAGAAACUGGCACUGGCCCACAACACCGCCCUGAAUAUGAAAUCUAAGAAAGUCAGCCCCAAGGAAAAGCAAAUGGCUUACUUGAAACUGGCUAAGACCUAUUUGGAGUGCAAUGAGCCAAAGCUGUCCCUCAAGUGUCUGAGCUACGCCAAGGAGUUCCAGCUCUCUGGUCAGCUGUGCGAAAGGCUCGGGAAGAUAAGAGAUGCCGCCUAUUUCUACAAGCGAAGCCAAUGCUACCAAGAUGCUUUCAGAUGCUUUGAGCAGAUUCAGGAAUUUGACCAAGCCCUCAAAAUGUACUGUCAAGAGGAGCUUUAUGAAGAAGCUGCUGUUGCAGUGGAAAAGUAUGAAGAAAUGCUAAGGGCCAAGACCCUUCCCAAACCCAAGCUCUCCUAUUCUGCCAGUCAGUUUUACUUAGAAGCUGCAGCAAAGUACCUGAGUGCCAAUAAGAUCAAGGAGAUGAUGGCUGUCCUCUCGAAGCUAGACAUAGAUGACCAGCUGGUGUUCCUGAAGUCUCGGAAACGGCUCGCAGAAGCCGCAGACCUACUGAACAGGGAAGGUCGGAGAGAAGAUGCUGCUUUGCUUAUGAAGCAACAUGGCUGCCUCCUGGAGGCUGCCAGGCUCACUGCCAACAAAGACUUUCAGGCCUCAUGUCUGCUGGGGGUUGCCCGCCUCAAUGUAGCCAGGCAAUUGGAUGUAGAACAUACCAAGGCCAUUCUGAGCGAAGUCCUUGAUCUCUGCUGCCAAACCAAUCAGCUGUCCGGCAUUGCUGAGGCCCAGUUCUUGCUGGGGGUAAUCCAGGGAGACUUUCAGAAGCUCAAGGAUGCCUUCUUUAAGUUUGACAACCUCAACCACUCAGCUGGAGUGGUGGAAGCGCUCUACGAAGCCACCAACCAGUGUGCGGCUGAGCCUCAGAAGGUUCUAGCCCUGGCUCCGGGGGGCUUGGAAGUCCUGCUCAAUCUGGUCAGAGCCCUCAAAAGAGUGACCAACAAUGCUGAGAAGGAUAUGGUCAAGUCUUGCUUUGAGUUUUUUGGGAUUUCUCAGGUAGAUGCCAAAUAUUGCCAGAUAGCUCAGAACGACCCUGGACCCAUAUUAAGAAUAAUUUUUGACCUGGAUUUGAACUUGAGAGAGAAGAAGACAAAAGACCCUUUCUUGAUAAUGACUGACCAAGUGAAAUUAGCCCUAAACAAACACCUUUUGAGCAGGCUGUGUCAGAUCACACGGAACCUGCUUGGGAAGAACUACCCGGGCAUCUGCAUGAGGUUUAUUGUUGGCUUAAAAUGUGAGGAUAAAAAUUGUGAAGAUUUCCAUAGGCCUUUGCGGCGUUGUGAAGCCAGGUGUUUGGUUCAGUCAAAAAUGCACCUGGUUGCAAUCAAUGGAUUGCUUUUGGAAGCCAAGAAAGUGUUCCCUAAAAUCUUAGCUGAAGAACUUGGAGAAAUUGAUUACAUUUUGUCUACGGAUAUGUAUCACCUUUGCAAAUCCUUCCUGAAUGUCCUCUUCCCUAAGCAUUUCCAUCAAAGAGUGUUGUCAGAAAACCCCGUGGCAUGCAAAGAAAUCCUGAAACCAAAUUAUAAAUCUUUCCGAUCUUACAGGUUUGCUCUGAAAGAGUACAUCCAUUUCCUGUUUCAAAACGAAAGGGCACGAAGGCGCCGGGAAUCUACAGACCUGUGGCUCAGCGCCAUGCAGGCGUUCCUCUCCUCCUCCAACUACCCGGAGGAGUUUGAAAAGCUGCUGCGCCAGGAGGAAGACAAUUACCACAGGGAACUCAAAGCUCUAGAGUCUGAAAAAGAGGAACGGGGCAGGGGGAGAGGCAGCAGGAUGAGAGGAAUAGAAGGGAAAUUCGGCAUGCUGGCACCCAACAAGGAUGACGCGAGUACCGAGAAGACCCACCUGUGCUUCAUCCGGCUGCUGGAGAAUUGCAUCGACCAAUUCUACGUGUACAGGAACCCAGAGAACUACAAGAGGCUCUUCUUCCGUUUCAUGAACGUCCUUGUCAAGCGGUGCAAAGAACCACUCAUCCCCAGCAUUGGAAACACAGUGGCGCUGCUGGAGUUCCAGUUCAUCCACUGUGGGGUGGUCCUGGCCCGCCUCCGGAAGAACACCAUCCUGUGCCUCCCCAAGAGCUACCUUGCGCUCUUGUACUACUGGGAGUUUCUGUGCAGCAAGAAGGACAAGGAGCUCGGGGACGUGUUCUCCAUCAUUCAGGAGUACAAACCUAAGGAUGUGACAAGAGCCGUUCAGGAUUUCCGGUUCCACCUGUCCUACCUUGCCAAGGUGCUCUGCGGCUACGAGAAUAUGGACUUCAACGUCCUGCUGGAUGCCUUCGCCGACAUAGACUACGUGGUGUCCGGGGAAGCAGAGCGGACUCUGGUGCUGUGCUUGGUGAUGCUGGUGAAUGCAGAGGCCAUUCUGCAGCCGUUCUGCAAAUCUCUUCUGCAUCGCCACUUCCAGGAGAUCGAGAGGAGGCUGCAGCUGAUGAGCAUGGAUUGUCCAGGCCAGGUUCCCGAGAGGCUCCUGAAAGUGGUGAAACAGGUGUUGAUGGCAGUCAGUGUGAAGUCGAUGGCAGAAGCGCUGCAAGACCUGCUCUUUGAGCGAGAUGAAGAGUACCUGAUGGACUGCUGCUGGCGGUGGGACAGCGUGCACACCAAAGGGGUCAUGGUCCGCGGCCUCUAUCACGAGGAGGUCAAACUAAACCGCCUGCUCUGUGUGGACCCCGUGGACUACUCUGCCGAACCGGAGUGUGAGUUUGACCAGAACGAGACGGAUGAGCUGGCGUUAGAAGACCGAGAUCACCUCCUCGCCACCAUCCUUUCCCAGAGGCAGCGGAAGGCUUCCAUCCAGCGGAAGUUGAGAAGAGUAUGCCUGGUGGUGUCCCUAUGCAUCAGCUGGAGGAGAAGGGUGAGUGCCCAGACAGAGUGCUUCAGGGAGGAGGCCAGGGAGCCCGGGACUGGGAACUUCAAAAAGGCCGACAUCGACAGAACCCAGUGUGACCUGUGUGGAGUGAAGUUCACCCGAGGUCCUGAGAACUAUUUCAGCCCCAGUAAAGACUUCGAGGGAGAUGCUUCAGAGACUGUGGCCCUUUCUGGGGCCGAGCUGGACGACAAGGAAGGUUGGGAGAGGAAUAGCGAGACUUACGAGCAGCACAUCUGCCAAGAAGGCCACCAGAGGCAGCAGAUGGCCUACCAGAAAUACUCUGAAUUUUUCCAUGACAAGGUGGACCCGGCUAUUGACGAGGGCAAGCUGGUGGUGCAGGAUAUUGAGCAGAGCGUGUGGAUCCGUAGUCACCUGGGCUCCAAAGAGCAGAGCCACAUGCUGCAGAGGAAGGUCCAAGAGAACAUCAAGAAGGUUUCGGAUACAGUGGAGGACCUGUACAGGCGGAAGGCCUGGGCUGGUGCGGAGGAGGUGAUGACUCGGCUUGUCAACAUUCUGAGCCCGUCAGUCAGGGAUGCACGGGAGUGGCUGAAGAAAACAGAAGUCCACUUAAAGGAGGAAGGCAUCAUUCAGGAAGAUGAAUACGAAAAUGAAGUUGAAGACUUUGGUGAGCUUCGUCCUAAAAGACGUGCACGGAAAUGUGGAAAGCAGAGGAAAUAACUAAGGUUCCCACAACUGCCUCAACCUUCAGAACAUUCCAUCCUGACUUAGAAUUCUGAGUGCUGCGGCAGAGGAGAAAAGGAAUGUAAAGCAGCUUUAAAAAGUAGGGGAGUCUAGCAACCUCUUUGCUUUUUGUUCCCGUUACUUCUCUUUCUGUGGUGGCUUAGGGUCUGGCUGCUCCCUCAGAGCGGGGCCCUCUAAUGCUUUCCCAGUUAAAGUCCAGCAGUGUUAGUUCCCCUAAAACAUGACAGAUGAGAGGAGUCAUCAGUGAAGGGAUAGCUCCUCGCCCCAAAGCCCCCAAGUUCUCUGGCUCCUCCCCAACACGACAGGAGUUAGUAGGAGGGACACCCCUCACCUCAGUUGCCACUGUCCUGGGCCAGGAAAUGCCUCCACAGAUCCCCCAUCUCCUUUUCCAUGGCUGCAACAUCGAGUAGUGCAAGAGCUGUGUGUGCCCAGUCUCUGCGGGCCCUACUGUCGGCCACUCCUGCCCCCAAGUCCCAUCCUGGUCACCUCUGAGCCUACUUGUAGCCUAGUUCAUUGCAUUAUAUAUGUUAGCCUUUUCUCUCUGUGGUAACUUUUCUGCCCUCCGUCCCCUCCCCUCCCCCAUUCCCAGCUGCCUGUGCACAUUAUGGUUAGACUACCUCAGAAUGUAGUCAGGAGUUCCCCCAGCAUCCUUUGCGUGGCCAACCUCAGGACCUUCCCCUGGAAGGAAAGGCUGGGGGGUGUGGCCAGGGGCUUCCCGGCCUGCCUCUCCAAGGUGGUCCUAACUCCACCUUGGCUAUGGUGCAGACAUUCCAAACAGUGUUUUGUAUGUAGCCUGGUAUAUCUGGUUCUUUUGGUUCUCCCAGGCAAGUUUGUCAUCCUAGCUCAGGUUGACAUUCUGAUGAGGUUUGUCCCACUGAGCUCACCACGGUGGGACAGUGACUUGCAGAGAUGCAGGUGAGGGACAAGCGGACAGAAAGGGGAGCCAGUCUUAUAGUGCCGAUCCCUAGGGAAUAUGGCUGUGAAUCACUGCCCUGUGGCUGGUAGGCCCUGUAAGAGGCGGGGUGGGGCGUGGGUCUGUCUGUGGGAGGCCAGUGCUUUCUCCUCCCACCCCCCUGGGCCAGCAGCCAUCAGUACAGUCCCAUUUGGGAAGCCUUCAUGCCUCUCUGAUUACUGCCCACCCUUUCCCCAGCCUCUCAGUUCAGCCUGGUGGGAAAGGUCAGGUUCGCCUUGGCCCUUCCUUGUUUCUGUUGUCACCACAGAACCAACUUUCUCCCCAUGUUGCUGCUGCUUUUGCUGCUCAUUGUUUUCUCUUCAUUGCUUUUCUAAAUGACUCUCUUUCCUUGAAAUGUUUAUGUUUCUAAUUUUUAUUAGGUUAUGUUUCUAAUUUUUAUUCCAGGUGUUUUUUAUAAACUUCACUCGCCAGAAAAAAAAAAAAAGGGGAAAAAAUCAAAUCUGUA